AUGUUCCAACAAAGACAUAACAAUAUUACUAGUAACGAGCUAGAUCAAAUGUUGCAUAUGCUAUCAUCUUCUUCAUCUUCUAAUCCCAUGCCAUUCUCAACAACCUUAAUGGACCAAUCAAAUUCCAAGUGGAAACCACACGUUGAAAUAGCUCCGAAUUGUCCCCGCUGCGCUUCCACAAACACCAAAUUCUGUUACUAUAACAAUUACAGCCUUUCGCAGCCUCGGUAUUUCUGUAAAGGCUGUAGGCGUUAUUGGACGAAAGGUGGCUCUCUUCGAAAUGUUCCAGUUGGUGGUGGUUGUCGCAAACACCGCCGUGGAAAGGUGGUCAGAAAUUUAAGUACCGACCACCUUUCCACAGAUGGCUCUGGUUCUGUUGAUGGUGAUCAACAGAAUCAGAAUAAUGUUUCACGUGAUAUAGACAUGGCCGUUGUUUUUGCCAAAUUCUUAAACCAAAACACAAGUAAUCAUCACCAUGGUGAUCACGAGGAAUUAGAAACUGAGAGUGAGGUGUACAAUAAUAUUGGAUCAUCUUCUUCUAACAAUAUGAACAAUUUGUCGACAACGGACAGCGUUGAAACCGAGAAUGAUGCAGUGGUCCAGCCUCAAAAUUCAUUUGAUCAUGAUGCAGUGGUUGUAAAUGGGGAUCCUUUUGAUCAUGAAUUGAGUUUGAGUGAGUUUGACGGGUUUCUGGGUGUUGAUGAAGAUGUGGUUCAAGAUGUUCUAUGGCCUGGUUCUUCUGAUGCUAUGAUGGUGUCGACAUGGCAACAACCACCACCAUCCAUGAUGCAAAUGGAGAUGGAUUACUCGAUGCCAUUGCCAUUGCCAUUGAAUGAGGGUGAUAAUCAUGAUCAGUUAUUACCUGUUACUGUUAAUUCAAAUUCUGCUGGUGUCAAUUUGAUAUCUGAGAGUUGGAACACUUCUUGGGAUUCUUUUGAUCUUUCAAAUAUGGAGGUUUUCUCAACGAGUUCAAGAAGUUAA